UCCAAUUGUUAUUGUUGGAAAACCGGCGAGAGUUGAUGAAUUUCAACUCGAAUAUUUUAUUUCUGAAAAGUGUAAUUUUAGAUUUAUACCCGUGUAUUCAUCUUAUAAAACAUUAAUCAAACUCUACAAUACUAUCUUUAUUUUGUUGUUCAUCAUGUCUCUUACAUGUGCUCUGAGUAAUGAGGUUCCAGAACAACCAGUUGUAUCACCAGUGUCUGGAAGUAUAUUUGAAAAGAGACUUAUUGUGAAAUAUAUCCAAGAAAAUGGAACAGAUCCUAUCAACGGAAAAGAGUUAUCAGAAGAAAAUCUCAUAGAAUUAAAAACACCUUCUGCUGUAAAACCUCGUCCACCAUCUGCUACUAGUAUUCCUGCUAUAUUGAAGACUUUGCAAGAUGAAUGGGAUGCUGUUAUGUUGCAUAGUUUCACUUUAAGACAGCAAUUGCAAACUGCUCGUCAAGAAUUGUCUCAUGCUUUGUACCAACAUGAUGCUGCUUGUCGUGUUAUUGCUAGAUUGACAAAGGAAGUGACAGCUGCCAGAGAAGCUUUGGCCACUCUGAAACCACAAGCUGGUAUAGUCGCAGCUCCCAUGGAACCCAAACCACAAUAUGGUGUUGAAGCUGGUGGUGUUGCUGAUCAACCUGUUGAAGAAGCAGGAAUGACACCUGAAGUGAUUCAGAAACUUCAAGACAAAGCAACUCUUCUCACUACUGAACGUAAAAAGCGUGGUAAAUCUGUUCCUGAAGAUCUAGUGAAACCUGAACAAAUACGUCAGUUCCAGACUUUGGCAUCCCAUCCUGGUCUGCAUAGUGCCAGUGUUCCUGGUAUUUUAUCUAUGGAUGUGUGCCCAACUGAUACCAGCAAAAUUUUGACUGGAGGUAAUGACAAGAAUGCUGCUAUCUUUAACAAAGACACUGAGCAAGUGAUAACCAUUCUGAAGGGGCACACAAAGAAAGUAACAUCAGUCAUUUACCAUCCAGAAGAAGACACCGUCAUUACUGCUUCUCCAGACUCAAUGAUCAGGAUCUGGCAUGUUCCUACUUCACAGACAAUACAGGCUAUCAAAGCUCAUGAAGGUGGAGUGACUGGCCUCAGUCUUCAUGCCACUGGUGACUAUCUCCUGAGUACUUCCACAGAUGAAAACUGGGCAUUCUCUGACCUUAGAACUGGGCGUGUCUUGACAAAAGAGGGUGACACCACUACUCCACAUUCUCUGACAACUGCACAGUUCCAUCCUGAUGGUUUGAUUUUUGGUACUGGAACUUCUGAUUCCGUGAUCAAGAUUUGGGAUUUGAAAGAGCGUGCCAAUGUGGCUAAUUUCCCUGGCCAUUCUGGUCCCAUCUCAGCUAUUGCAUUCUCAGAGAAUGGUUAUUAUUUAGCCACUUCUGCAGAUGAUUCUGUUGUGAAACUGUGGGAUUUGAGGAAAUUGAAGAACUUCAAGACAUUGACUUUAGAUGAGGCAUAUGAAGUGAAAUCACUUUCUUUUGAUCAAAGUGGUACAUACUUGGCUGUUGCUGGAUCAGAUAUUAGGAUUUAUUUAUGUAAACAAUGGGAUAAUCUGAAGACUUUUACGGAUCACACUGCUCUGGCCACUGGAGUAAGAUUUGGGCAACAUGCUCAUUUUGUAGCUUCUGUCAGUAUGGACCGAACUUUGAAAAUUUAUGGAAUGUAAUGAUAACAAUACAUGGUCAUUGAACAGAUUGUAGUUUUUUUAAAGCUCAUUUUAUGACUGUUUUGUCUCAUCUUUUUGCAAAUGAAACAGAUGGAUUUUCAUUGUAUAUUGUAUUUUCAUUAAAGAUGUUCUUUGUUUUUGAA